ACCGCCCACCGUGAGCGAAACUUUCUUCAACGCGUCUUUGAAGCCUGUCCAAAAGCGAUGCGCAGUGGGGUGGGGCUCCGCGGACCAACACGCCUCUCACCCCCUCCUUUUAAUCCCUCCACCGGAUAACGGGACUCACCGCGACACCCCAGCCUGUUGCGUUUCUGCCACAUGUGCAGACGAAGACGUGUGGCUGUUGCGUCGGCUGACUGUCUAGGUCGGGUGCGUUCAUUUUAGACCAGAAUGGCAGCGCGCACCUUGUAAACACGUCCCGUCUUCGUCCACAUUUUUAAUCUUUAUUUUACAUACUCUUCUUUUAAGAAAGCGUAACGUAACCAGUCUCCGAGAUGGAUCGCAACGCAGCCCCUGCGGAAACCGCUGAACAAGGCAGUGAGCGGGAGAGCGCGGCGUCCGGAGUGGACGUGGUGGCGCUUUUCUGGACGUUCGCGAAGUACCUGGGAUGGCUGCUGCCCGUCUACCUUGCUGGUUACCUGGGGCUCAGCCUUGUCCUGGUAAUGGUGGGCUUGAUGGUCUAUAUGGGUUGGAAAGUGAACCGAGGAGAGAAGCAGAAGCGAAUGGACGUCGCCAUGCAGCUACUGCAAAACGAAGAACGGAUGACCCAAGAGAAGAUGUACAAGAACAGCCGAGACCUGCCGGCCUGGUCAGAAUUCUUUAUGGAAGCUGCCUUAUUCUCUGGAGAGGAAAAGGUAAACUUCCCGGAUGUGGAGAAGGCAGAGUGGCUAAACAAGGUGCUAAAGCAGGCUUGGCCAUUUUUAGGGCAGUUUAUGGAAAAACUACUAGUUGAGUCAAUUGCCCCUUCCAUCCGAAGCUCCAAUGCUCACCUGCAGACAUUUGCCUUCACCAAAGUUGACCUGGGAGAAAAGCCUAUCCGAGUGAUCGGAGUGAAGGCCCACACAGAGAUGAACAAGCAUCAGGUCCUGCUUGACGUCUAUAUCAGCUAUGUUGGAGAUGUUGAAAUCAAUGUGGAAGUAAAGAAAUACUUGAUCAAAGCUGGAGUGAAGGGAAUCCAGUUGCAUGGGAUGUUGCGUGUCAUAUUGGAACCCAUGAUUAGCAACCCACCUUUCUUUGGUGCCAUUACCAUGUUUUUUAUUCAGAGACCUAGGCUUGAAAUCAACUGGACAGGAAUGACAAACUUACUGGACAUUCCGGGACUGAGCUCUCUGUCUGACACCAAGAUCAUGGACUCCAUUGCCUCUUUCCUGGUUCUUCCCAAUCGGCUGACUGUGCCUAUAGUUGCUGAUGUUCAGGUGGCCCAGCUUCGGUCCCCACUGCCACGGGGUAUUGUGCGAAUCUACCUGAUUGAGGCACAGAAUUUAACAUCCAAGGAUAACUUCAUGAAGGGAGUUAUUAAGGGUAAAUCUGACCCAUAUGCCAUUGUGCGUGUUGGGACUCAAGUUUUCAUAAGCAAGGUCAUUGAUGAGAAUCUGAACCCACGAUGGAAUGAGAUGUAUGAGGUUAUUGUCCAUGAAGUCCCUGGACAGGAACUGGAGUUAGAGAUUUUUGACAAAGAUCCAGACAAAGAUGAUUUCUUAGGCAGAAUGAAAAUGGACCUUGGAGAUGUUAAGAAAACACGUUCUCUGGAUCAGUGGUACCAGCUAAAGGACACAGAAAAGGGACAAGUGCAUCUGCGCCUGGAGUGGCUGUCUCUGCUCACCAAUCCAUCCAGUCUGGAUCAGGUUCUUCAGGUAAACCGUGCUACUCGAACCACCUUUAAAACCAGCGACCCUCCCUCAGCUGCUAUACUGGCGGUGUACUUAGACCGAGCGCAGGAGCUGCCUCUGAAAAAUGGAAGCAAGAACCCAAAUCCCAUGGUGCAGUUGUCUGUUCAGGAUGUGACCAAGGAGAGUCGGACCUGUUAUGGAACCAAUAGUCCAGUGUGGGAAGAUGCUUUUCACUUUUUUAUCCAAAACCCAAAAACCCAAGAACUUGACUUACAUGUGAAGGAUGAUGACCGUGUACUAGCACUUGGCUCUUUAACUCUCCCGCUGAGCCGUUUACUAAGCAGUGAAAACCUCACACUUGACCAGUGGUUCCAGCUGGACCAUUCAGGCUCUGCUAGUCGCCUGUACAUGAAAAUCGUUUUGAGGAUUUUAGCAUCUGAGAGUGCUGGUGCACCUAAAUCACCUGUUAGUACUUCACCCUGUUUACCAACCCCUGGAGAAGUUUUGCCAAAACCCAGUGAUCCCCCGAAGAAAGAAGAAGAGAAGGCUGCAGAAGAAGUUGUUACAGGAACUUCAAGUGUUAUACAGCAGUCAGGUGCACCACAGCAAAUGUGCUCCAGUGUUGAUGAGGACUUUACCUCUGAGGGGGUGCUACGUAUUCACCUGGUUGAAGCUGAGAACUUGAUUGCCAAAGACAACUUUUUAAAAGGCAUGAUGCAGGGGAAGAGUGACCCCUAUGUAGUAAUUCGGGCAGGUGCCUACUCCUUCCGCAGCCGUGUCAUCAAAGAAAACCUGAAUCCUAAAUGGGGAGAACUUUAUGAGGUAGUUAUGACUAUGAUACCAGGACAGGAAUUGGAGUUUGAACUAUUUGAUAAAGAUAUUGAUGAAGACGAUUUUCUAGGCAGGUUAAAAAUCAACAUGCUGGACAUCACCACCAACCAGUACACAGAUGAGUGGUUCACUCUGUCAGAAGUUAAAUCAGGGAGCAUUCACCUCAUUUUGGAAUGGCUUCCACGUAUCGCGGACACCACUGCGCUUCAGCAGAUAAUCCACAUGAACAGUCUUGCUUCUUACCAAAAUAAGGUUCAUCCCUCUGCUGCCAUCUUAUAUGUGUAUCUUGAUCGUGGCCAUUCUCUUCCUUUCAGCAAGGCCCAGAAACCCCCAAAGGCAGGAGCUGAACUUUCUUUAGGGAAUCUGACGUACAGGUCAAAGAUGUGUGACCGCUCAACUGACCCAGUUUGGGGAGAAGCUUUCCAUUUUCUGGUUCAGAAUCCACUGGAGGACUUGCUGUUGAUCAAGCUCAAACAUGAUUGGUCUCUUUCUAUUGGUUCUCUGGUCAUAUCACUGAAGGACCUAUUGACUAAACCGGAUUUAACUCUGGACAAGUGGCUACCUCUGGAUGGUGCUGGUACAGAUAGUCAGAUUCUCCUACGUGCCACUCUCCGGAUUUUGAAGAGCACCGCUUUGCAAGCUGAAUCUAUGAAGCGAGGCAUUGCUGAGCCAAAAAUUGGACAUCCUGAGCCUGACAGUACCACACCUGAAGACCAUCAUAGAGGGGCAGUGGACCCUCCUGCAGUCACUAUUCCCAGCAAGGACACCCCAAGUUCUGCACAGGAUGUUCGUCAGAGAGCAGUUUCCUCCCCAAGCAAGAGUGGGCAGGAGGAGUCAAGCCUUGGACAGGUUAGAUUAACUAUACAAUAUGUUGAUGAAGAACACAGGCUGGUGCUGUUGGUCCACUCUUGCAGGAAGUUGAAACCUUGUUCUAAAGAUGGCUCUGAUCCAUAUGUCUCUCUGAUUCUGCUGCCAGACAAGAAUCGUGUUACCAAGAGAAAAACAGCAGUAAAGAAAAAGUCACUCAACCCUGACUUUAAUGAAAGGUUUGAUUUUGAAAUGGCAAAGGAGGAAGUCCGUAAAAGGAAGCUGGAGGUUUCUGUGAAGAACAGCGUUUCCUUCAUGUCCAGAGAAAGAGAGCUGAUUGGAAAGGUCCUGAUCGACUUGUCACAGGCUGACCUGUCUUCCGGGGUUGGAGAAUGGUAUGACUUAAAAGAAGGUGACCCUUAAUCUUUGUCAGCAACAUUCCCUUUGAAUUCUGGAUUAUCUCUACUUAUUUUAUACUGCUUUUUCUGUGUUUUGAUAUUGAAUUCAUUUUAUUAUUUUUUGCAUUCCUUUUUAUUUUGUAAUAUUGGGUAAUCUUUUAAAACAUGUUUAAUUAAGAGUUUUAGAUUUUUUUAGGUGCCCAAGUGUAAUAGCACCCUUAAGUAUCUUCUGUUUAUACCAGUGCCUUUUUUUUAAGAUUUUCUAUAUAUUUUGUUUAAUAUUAUAUUUAAGGAAAUCUGCUUUUAGAGGUUGAGUACUCUUGAGUUUCUUAAAUGCUGGAUAUUCCCUUUUCCUGCCUUAAAAUGACAUUGAGAUGCUGAGUUCGCAGUUCUCUACCUGUUUUGCCUUCAUUUUUGGAUCUUGGCCACCAUAAGCAGUUGUGAAUUAGUUGUUAUCUCUGUGCAUGGAGUUUAUCGUGUUUUGUUUUUUGUUUUGCUACACAUGCCUGUUUUAAUGAGGAAGUUCUUCCAACAUACAGUUAGAAGCUUGCAAAGUCAUUUUGCCUCCAGUCCCAUGGUGUAUCCACUGACAAAAUGAUCUGGAUUGUAUUAUAUUUAUUGUGUCAAAGGAUGCAUUUCAUUCUGUGGUAUUCUUUAGGGACAUGGCUUCUUUGAGUUUGUUUUGCCAGUUAAAGGUAACCCAUCAUGAUUCAACUGAUCUGGUGUGCCAAGCCCUAAAAGAUAAUAAUGUUUCAAGUUCUUUUUUUAUCUGAUGUUUUGAAAUUAAGUUUUAGAUUUUUGUGAAAAGUCUUAUGUGACAUUUUCUAUAUGCACUAAACAAAAAUAUACAUACUUUGGCUUGUAAUAGCCUAUCUUAUAUUUUUCAUUUUAAUUAUAAAAAUAAACACCUGUGUAAAUAUAUAAAAUUCUGUGCUCACGUAAUAGGACUAAUGUGGAUGGACUAGUCGCAGAUAGUGAAGACACCUCUCAUGUUGUCUUGUGGACCAACAGAGCUCUCUUGUGUUCUGCAAUGAUGAACAAUCAGCAGCCGUGCUGCAGUGGCAGAGGGUGAGCGGGUUCUUGCUUUUUUGGUGCUCAAGUCCUGAGGUGAAGUAACUUGUACUGUGGGGGCACCAUCCCUACUACACUUAGUACAUACAAGGUAAAAAGUUCAGUCAAUAAAACCGUGUUCUGCUAUAACCAUAUUUAUUAAAAUAAAUUUGCAUUUGGUAUUUAGAACACAUUUAGCCUGUUUUAAGGGCUAUAAAACAGAUGAAAAUAUAUUGUACGCUUUAAACUCAAUCAGUAAAGUCACUUUAAGUGUUAUAAAACUAAAAAAUGACAAUCUACCUGAUAAAAUAAAUAACAUUUCAAUUAAAAAACAUUACAAUAUACUGUAAGUAUUAAAUGGAUACUGCAAAGGACAGAGGUGGAAAAAAAUUUAAAUGAAUACCAACAUGGAAAUGCACAUUUUAAAAAAAAUAUAUGAAAGGGUAAAAUAGACAUCACUUUAAAUACAAGCAUAAAUAUUAUACAGUAGUAAAGCUCACAUUUUAUGUAAAGCCACAUUUAAGAUUUAAAAACAUAAAUGUCUUUGUGCUACACACUAUACAGAAAUAUCAAGAUCAGUAUUACUUAGACCUUGCAUAAGCCUUCAUAAUAAAUGUAACGUUGAGUUUAUAUCUGUCCAUUUCCUAACCCCAUACUUUUUACAAAGGUUUUGUAAGAAGCCAAAGCUUACAUCAGCGCCACAGUAGGUAACAAGCCAGAAGUUAACCCUGAAUGGGAGACAUUCACUCUGGGGUUCGUUUUGAUUUGCAGAUAUCUGGUAUGUGGGAGCUGUUGAGAGAAUCCAAGGAAAGUUCAUGCAGAUAAAAGGAGAAUGUGAAAUCUGAGUGAAUUUAGCCCAGGUCCCUGGAGCUGUUAGUCAGCACUGUUAGCCAGGUAGUCUUUGUGCUGCAAGAGGUAGGAGGUGGUGUAAGUGAUGUAGGCAGAUAUCUUUUAAUGUGACAGACAUGAUGAUGAGCAGUAAAGGGGAUUGCGGCCACAUGUCCUAAAGUGUUAGAUGUCAGGCUGGUAGAGGAAGUUGUUUUCAUCCUGUAGCACUUGGACUGAAGGUUUGAUUCCAGGAUGUGUAGUUCUUUCAGUUUAGUGUUUGACCAUAUUCCUGCCCUACAGCCCAAAGAAUCUGCUGCUAGGAUUAAAGGAAUUCUCCUCCAAGAAAUUAUAUUUCUAUACAGUAUGUUAUUCACCCCAUGUGCUCUGUAGUGAAGGCAGAGAACAAUUUUUAAUCUUAAGUUGUCAUGGAAAACAGAGAUAACAAAUCUUAUGACAGAAUAUGGUCCAGCAUUGGUUUCCAUAGAUGCCCAUUCUUUAGAAACUUUUUUUUGCCCAUCACUACAAACUACAUGGGGUUAAGUAACAUGUAAAAAAACAUGGGAGGAGUAGUCCUUUAAAGCUUGAUUUUCAGUGCCUAAAAUGAAAUAAGCAGGUGUGCAAAUGCUGGAAUGGAUAUUAAAAAUAUAACAGGAAGUGAAGCAUAACAAAUUACAUUUGCCAUUGGCGAAAACUAAGAUUUUAUGUGAAAUUCUGUGGAUUCUUUUGUGUAAAUAAAAGAUCAGCAGACAGUGUAGUUUAGUAGAAAGGAGGAGAGCUACAUACAGUACAUUCUUUCUCAGGUUUCUUUUUAAAGGAUCAGAUUAGUGCUGUUCCCUCCUUGAUAUCACACAUUAUGUAUAAGUGAUUGCCUCAUAAACAGAGCAAGAUUAAUGCAUGUGUUAUUGUAGCCAGUAACACUAAUGACCGCUAGCGCAACAUGCAUAUGCAAAGGAAUUUCCUUAUAAAAACAUGGUUAUAUUUAGCAGUUAGCAUGUGCUUAAUGGUUACAUCACAUUGUCUUCUGAGCACUGCAUCAGUUUUAGCCUGUAGUCGCAUUGCAUCAGCACUAUAGCUUGCCUUCCAUGGCUUCACCCUUCCUUUAAGUACAGUAGAUGUUCCAGCAUUUCUGGCAUCUGAUCAUCUGCUCUGUUAGUGUUCUAGAUUAGCUAGUUAACAUGAUGUGCAUCACUACCGUUUUAAGUGUUAGAUCUCCUUGGUUAUGUAAAUACCAAAGAAGCUGAGAAAUUUGUUUGAAGAAUCUGCAAAGUUUCCUUAUUUCUGUGCACAACCAUUCAUCAAGGGAAAAUUCAUAAUAGUAGACAGCAAAAACAGACUUUUUUUUUUUUUUCAUCAUGUCUGAUUUCUAGACCUUUUAUUGAUACUGCUAAUAACCAUUAGAAGAAACAAAGCAGUUUUGCACAUGGUCUGCACAUCAUCAUAUAAAUGUUACUAUUAAGGAGCUUGACUGACUGUCACACUAGGCUAAAAAGAUGUCUACAGAAGAACGCAGAAAAGAAUUUGGUGCUUCCUGAUAGAAGAGGAUGGUUCUAAAGUUUGCAUCUUUGACAGUUUUUAUGCAUGUCAGGAACUUAGACUUGACCAAGCAAGGAAACAUCAGCUGGGCUGUAGAGUUACACUUCAAAACGCAAUCAAAUGAAAAGCAAUUUACUUAAAAUGCCUCUUUAUAGAAAACGAAAAGUGACUUGAAAUUGCCUGUGUAUAUGUGAGUACUCCCUGAGAACAGAAGUCACUCCUCCAGGAUGGGCUCUGACUGCCCAUGACUUUCUAUUACAUAAGAGGGUUUGAAAAGUUAAUGCAUAGAAAGAGCAUGUACUGUGGUGGGCGAGACAAACCUUGGAGCCCAGCUUGAUUCUUGACGGUGGUAUUUUCUGUGUACAGUUUGUGAAGCUUGCCUCUGGGUUCUCAUAGUCCACAAACAAUCAAAUGGAGUGAUUGGUGGUCCUAAACCACUACAGUCAAUGUGUGUUUACGGUUUGGAGUCUAAAGUUUUUUUUUUUUUUUAUGCAGCUACUUUUAAUGUGAAUACUUUAUGAAUACGUUUGUAUUUCGAAUGUUUUUCUUAGAAAUUUUGUUUUUUCACCCACAACCCCAAAUGAAGUUAAGUUCAUUGUUGUCACUGAAUUGUCCAAAGGUGAAGGGGGUCUGGGUUUGUGGAUCCUGAAUAGGCCAUCUCCUCGUUCAGGAAUGGCUCCAGGCUUCCCACAGCCCUGAUAUGGAAAAAAAGCAAAAUAAGAAAAUGAAUAGGUUGAUUUCUCCAAAUGUGUGUGGAGGAGAGGAAGGGACUAAAAUUGGGCAGAUUUUAACAUGUGCCGUACUAUACAUCCCUAAACAACUUGAGGCCUUUUAACAUUUUCAUGAUAGCAUUAAAACUUGUUGGUUCAUCAGGCAUGUUCUACAAAGGGCCUUCUUACAGUGUAAAUGCUGUUUUUUUUUCUGGAAGGAAGACAAUGCAGAACAGUUAAUAAAAAACCCACACCUUGACUCUGGCCCAAGAAGCUGUGGUGAACUGUAACAUUCCGUGAUACUUCAUGUUCAGGUGUUUUGUUAAAGUUUAAUGCCAAGGCCUGUAGAGAACUGUUAUUGAUGGAGUAAACCCAGCCCUAAAUAAAUGGAAAGCAGUGGAAUCAGAAGAGCGUUGUGUGUCUGGUGUGACACUUGGCCUUAUUGUGUUGCUGCUGCUCUGCUGACUGUGUAACAUUCAGUUGCUUGCUCUGCAAGGAGAGAUGAGUGUUUAUAUUGAAAUGCAAUUGAUUGUCAUGGGCCACCAUGGCCUCUGUGGUAAAUAAAGUCAUAUGCUGGACUCUA